AUGUUUCUUGUCGCUGUCGCAGCAGCCGCUGUUGCUGCCGAUCCACAGCAGGUGCAGCAACAGCAGCAGCAACCACAGAUGAGGAUGAGCAGCAUGGCCAGAUCCCUGCUUCAGCCGCCAAAACCAGACUGCCCGUCCAGCUGCUCCGUUCGCUGCGGCAACAACUGGAAGAACGAGAUGUGCAACAAGAUGUGCAACGCCUGCUGCAACAAGUGCAGCUGCGUGCCGCCGGGGACCGGCCAGGACACCCGCUACCUCUGCCCCUGCUACGACACCAUUGUCAAUCCACACACCGGCAAGCUCAAGUGCCCCUAG